CCACAAGUAACUCGUGGCCGGUUCUGUCCCGCGUGCUGGCAGUUGAACCGCUAGCGGACCAGACCGAGCUUAAGUCUGUCAGACUCACCUUUUCGGCUUGACAACUUCAUUCAUAUCCGACUGUUUAAGAGUGAAUUUUCACGGCAGACUCGGUAGUUAGCAAUCGAAACCGCCCACAUAGGCAUUGUUUACAUGUUUGACAGGUGACUGGGACGUCGCUAGCAGCCACACUGCGACCGGACAGUUAGUCUGUCCAGGUUUAUUAGAAAUAUCAACGUUAACGGCCGCAACAGAUUAGCUGAAGGUGAUAGUUCCUAACGAUCGAGAUGACAGAAGAACUUGAGCAAAUUCUCCUACAGCUGACACAGCCUGACAAUGCAGUCAUUCAGCAGGCCACAGCCCAGCUGAAACAGGCUUUCAAGGAUCCAGCCAUUAUACCAGCCCUGUGUGCUGUCAUGAGUAGCUCCCAAAACCCUCAGAUUCGUCAGUCAGCUGCAGUGAUGCUGAGGAUGAGAGUGAAGAAACACUGGAAGAAGAUUAGCCCUAAUGACAGAGAGAGCCUCAAGGGGGUGGUGUUGCAGGCCUUCAUGCAGGAAUCAGAGCACACAGUGCAGCACUCACUUUCCCAGCUGUGCGCAGUGAUGGUUAAACAUGAGACACCGGACCGCUGGCCUGCCCUUCUGCAGCUCCUCAGUCAAUCCACCAAGAGCAGCAACCCUCAUGACAGACAGGUUGGCCUCUUGCUGCUGAAUAAGGUGAUGGAUUCCAACCCUGAACUUUUCAAGCCUCACUACUGCCAGUUGCUGCAGCUUUUUAGUGCUGUACUGCAGGACCACAACAACCCAACAGCCCUGUACUACUGCAUCCUCACCCUCACAGCCAUAACUGCAUACACUGGCUCAGAAGAGAUGAACCAGAUGCGUUCUAUCAUCCCAAGUUUGAUUGUUGCUCUGAAACACCUCAUCAAGGCAGAUCAGGACCAAGCCAGUGAGGCCAUGGAGGUGUUUAAUGAGCUCAUGGAGAGUGAGGUGUCUAUCAUCCUCCCUCAUGUUGCUGACAUUGUCCGCUUCUGCUUGGAGGUGGGCAGUGACACCACACUGAAUGACUCUCUGCGUGUGAAAGCUCUCUCUUGCAUCGCCUUCCUCAUCAAGUUGAAGAGCAAGACUGUGCUGAAGCAGAAGCUGCUGAACCCCAUCCUGCAGGCCAUAUUCCCUAUACUCACUGCAGCUCCCCCACCUGGUGAGCAGGACCCAGAAGAUGACGAGGAUGAUAGUGGAGAUGGCACAGACAACGACAAUCCCAAACAUUGUGCUGCACAGAUUAUUGACACUAUGGCACUCCAUAUGCCUCCAGAGAAACUGUUCCAACAACUGAUGCCCCUCAUUCAGGCCUGCCUUGCCAGUGACAACCCCUAUCAGAGGAAGGGGGGUCUGUUGUGUCUUGCUGUGCUGGCUGAAGGAUGUGCUGACCACAUACGCACCAAGAUGCUGUCAUCAGUGCUGCAGACAGUGUGUCAGAGUCUUUCUGACAGUAAUCAAGUAGUGCGCUGUGCUGGCCUUUUUGCCCUGGGACAGUUCUCCGAACAUUUACAGCCUGAAGUGAGUAAGUACUGUGCAGAGUUGAUGCCUCUGCUGUUGGGAUACCUUUCUUCCUUGAACCAGGCCAAGGUCGGCCACGUUACCAAGGCCUUUUAUGCCCUAGAGAACUUCAUGGAGAACCUAGGAUCAGAUAUUGAACCCUACUUGCCUACCCUCAUGGACACUAUGUUGUCUGCCCUCAACAACACCGAAAACCUCAAGAUAAAAGAGCUCGCUGUGUCUGCCAUAGGUGCCAUAGCCAAUGCUGCCAAAGAGAUGCUGGUUCCCUACUUCCCUCCAGUUAUUGAAAGCCUUAAGGGCUUCCUGACCACUACCACAGAGGAAAUGAGGCCUCUACAAACUCAGUCCUUGGAUACCCUUUCUGUGUUGGCUCGUACCAUUGGUAAAGAUGUCUUCAGUCCUCUCGCUGCAGAGUGUGUUCAGCUGGGUCUCAACCUUACUGACACCAUCGAUGACCCUGACCUGAGACGUUGCACGUACAGUCUAUAUUCUGCUGUCUCCACAGUCAGCCCUGACUGCCUAACUCCUCACCUCACUGCCAUUACAACAGUCAUGCUGCUCGCCCUCAAAUCUAAUGAAGGCAUCACGGCACACCUUGAGGAGGACAAGACAUUUGUCCUGCUGGAUGACGACGAUGAGGACGACAAAGAGGAAGAAAAAGAUGUUGAUGAUUUUCUAGAAGAUGAGACUGAGACGGAUGUUCACGAUGUUGCAGGGUUCAGUGUUGAGAAUGCCUACAUUGAUGAGAAGGAGGAUGCUUGUGAUGCACUGGGAGAGAUAGCCUUCAACACUGGCGCUGCCUUUCAACCAUUCCUGGAGUCCAGCUUCCAACAAGUUUACGAGAUGAGAGAUUAUCCCCACGAGGAUGUCCGCAGGGCAGCAUUUGGAGCCAUUGGCCAGUUUUGUCGAGCUCAGCACAAAGUGUGGAAGGAGAAUCCCACAGAGGCCAACCACCAGGCCCUGUUUAAGUUGCUGGACAUGGUGCUUCCUUGCUUCGUGGAAACAGUUCGGACAGAGCACGAGCGCCAGGUAGUGAUGGGCGUCCUGGAAACCAUGAACAAUGUCAUCAAGUCCUGCAGGGAAGAGGCUUUCAAAAAUCCUUCACACCUUAAGGAAAUCAGCCACGUCAUCCGCGACGUGCUCAAGAAGAAGACUGUUUGUCAGGAUGGUGGUGGUGAUGAGGCUGAUGAUGAAGACCAACAGGCGGAGUAUGAUGCCAUGCUCCAGGAAUUUGCUGGGGAGGGAAUUCCCCUGUUGGCCUCUUCUGUCCCUGCAGACAGCUUCGCCCCCUUCCUCAAUGACCUACUGCCUCUUAUCAUGAGCAAAGCUAAAUCCUCAUGCACAGUGGCAGACCGCUCUUUCUCUGUGGGUACCAUUGGAGAAAUCCUGCAGGCUCUUGUGAGUGUAUCUGGGGGCAGAGGAGUGGCAGGCAGACUGUCCAAUCGUUUGCUCCCUGUGCUGGUGGCAGGAGUAAAAGACAGUGAUCCUGAGGUUCGCAACAACAGCGUGUUUGGACUGGGAUGUCUGGCCCAGGCAGCUGGACCCAUUGUUGUAUCUGACUACCCCAUGAUGCUCUCUGUGUUUUCUAACCUGCUGGCUAAAGAGUCAGACCUCAGGGUGAUUGACAACCUGUGUGCUGCCCUCUGCAGGAUGAUCUUGAGUAAUAUGGGUGCUGUCCCUCUGGAGCAGGUUGUGCCUGCUCUGGUGGCUCGUCUUCCGCUUAAAGAGGACUUGGAGGAGAACAAGACUGUGUUCAGCUGCCUGGCUAUGCUCUACACACACAGUCCUGAUCUGAUUGUGAAGCUAAUGAAGCCCGUAGUCGCUGCUUCCAGUCAUGUCCUGGGCAACAAGGAUGUUGAUAAAGAAACGCAGGACACUGUGACCAAGCUGAUCAAAGACUUUGCCCAGCACCACUCGGCAGACUUCCAGUCAGCUGUGAUCUCUCUUGCCGGAGAGCAACAGGCCAAGCUCAGUACUGCCAUCUCUGCCUCAUAGCCCACACACGUCCUUCAGCUCUGAUGUGAAAGGCAGCCAAAACAACAAAUUUUUAUACUGUAGGUGGAAAAUGGGACUGUUAUUGGUAACGGUUCCACGAAAUGAUCUAAAUACAGCACUUCAGCAAUCUGACAUAGGUAUUAUUACAUUCAGCAGUUGCAUAUGAGUAUCAACCAUUAAUUUAUUUGCUUAUGUGCAUGCUAUUUUGAAGUUUUAUUAUUUUAAGAAUUCUGGUUUACCAUCCUGUGUUGUUACCAUUAUAUUCUGUUUUCCAGUUAUUCCUGCAAAGUGCUUUUUUUGCCUCUUUGCCACCGUUUGGAGAGACGUCUGGUUUUGCUAUCAGAAUGUGAAGCAAUGAAUUUGAUCUCCUGAUAAAUGUAAUAUUUCAUUCCCA